AUGGAGGUGGAAGGAGUCGUCUUCUCUACAACCGUGAGGCCGCCGCUCUCCUCUUCAUCUCCCAAAAAGGACCUUGCUCUUGGUGGCGCAGGUGUAAGGGGCGUAGAGAGAGGAGGAGUAUUUGUGAAGUCUACAUGUAUGGCUCUGUACAUGGAGGAAGCUGCGGUGUAUGAUUUGGAGCCCAAAUGGAAGGGAAAAUCUGCAGAGGAACUGCUGGCCUCCCCCAACUUCUUCAUGGACAUCGUAAACUGCCCUUUUCAGAAAAUGUCACAUAUGGCCAUGAUUUCAACCCUAGAUGGUGAAGAGUUCUCAGGGAAAGUGGUGGACAAAUUGAAAGCCAUAAUGGAAGCCUCAGGAACUUUCUCUCCACAACAAUCCCUUUUGGCACUCCACAAAUUCUUGGAGGCCUUCAAGGGAAAAAUGUUGACUUACGGUUCAGCCAUCUUCUUUGCCUAUUCAAAAGCUGGGCUAUUAAUUGCGAUCACUGAAGAUGGGUCGGUUCCCGAACAAGAAGAUGUGAUGAUAGAAGAUAAAGCCCUCACGCAGGCUCUUUUGGAUUCCAUUAUUGGGGAGCACGGGGUCUCCCCUGCUGCCAAGCGCUCUGUUGCGAAGCGUCUCUCAGAAGCGCUGAGCAAAGCCUAA